AGAAGAUUAGUUUCACCGCGCUCUCUGUUGUGUUGUCACGUUGUUUCUGUAAAUAGAAAAUACAGUUUUUGAAUCAGGUCAGUAAAUACCUGUAAUAUUCUCAUCCUCACAGUCGAGACUAAGUGUUGAAUCAAGCAGGAAUAUCUGGAAAAGUAUCAUCUGAACUGAGAUCUGCUGCUGUGAAGAUGGAGUUUGUUAAAGAGGAGAGUGAAGAGAACACGAGAGAACCAGAAACCUGGAGAAUAAAACUCGAGGAAACAGAAACCCGGAGAAUAAAACACGAGGAGCCAGAAACACAGAUAAUAAAACAUGAAGAACCAGAAACCCGGAAAAUAAAACAUGAAGAACAAGGAGAGUAUAUUGAAGAAAAUGUGGAGAAAGAAUUGGAAGUUGAGGAGAGGAAUCAUAUUAAAACUGGAGAAAACCCUUCAACUUGCUCUCAAAGAAACAAAUUGUCAAGAAAAAAUGGUCUUGAUGUUCACAUGAAAUUGCACACUUGUGAUCAGUGCGGGAAGAAUUACAUACGAAAAGAUCGCCUUAGAGCACACAUGGGAGUUCACACUGGAGAGAAACCGUUUAAUUGUGAUCAGUGCGGGAAGAGUUUCACACGAAAAGAACUACUUACAGCACACAUGAGAGUUCAUACUGGAGAGAAACCGUUUAAUUGUGAUCAGUGCGGGAAGAGUUUUUCACUAAAAGGACUACUUACAGCACACAUGAGAGUUCAUACUGGAGAGAAACCGUUCACUUGUGAUCAGUGCGGGAAGAGUUUCUCACAAUUAUCACAUCUUUAUGCACACACAAAUGUUCACACUAGAGAGAAACUGUAUGCAUGUGAUCAAUGUGACAAAAUGUUUUUGAGGGCUUCACACCUGAAGCAGCACCUGAGAGUUCAUACAAAAGAGAAACCACAUUCAUGUCAUUUGUGUGGAAAGAGUUUUUCACGUCUACAACAUUUGAAAGGGCAUCAGAAAAUACAUACUGGUGUGAGAGAGUACAUGUGCUUUGAGUGUGAAAAGACUUUUACUACAGCGACCAAUUUAAAACAGCAUGAGAGGAUCCACACUGAAGAGAAAUCCUACAAGUGUUCACACUGUGACAAGAGAUUCGGUAAUUCAUCAAGUCUGAAAACACAUGAGAGGAUCCACACUGGAGAGAAACCUUACAAGUGUUCAUACUGUGAACAGAGAUUCAGUCAGCCAGGAGUUUUGAAAACACAUGAGAGGAUUCACACUGGAGAGAAACCGUAUCACUGCACUGAAUGUGGGGAGUGUUUCUGUCAUCUAACUUCUCUACACAGACAUACAAAAAACAAUCACAGCAAGUAGGUCAUCUUCAGAUUUGAUGCUGCCUCCCAGUACCGCCACUCCCUAUACGCAGAGUACGCAGAGAGAAACUCCCUUCUGAUAUUGCUCCACUAUUUUUCGCCGCAGCAUUGGAGGAAUUGGUGAUCCUCUGUCCAUCUUGACUUCUGAAAGACACUGCCAUUCUGAGAGGCUCUUUUUAUACACAAUCAUGAUGCCAAUUGACCUAAGUUGAAAAUUGGUCAUCCAACCAUUCCUUAUAUGUACGUUUAACUUCUCUUGACUCUUAUAGCUACCUGUACCAACUUUUUUGGAAUGUGUAGCUCUCAUGAAAUCCAAAAUGAAUCAAUAGUUGGCAUGACAUUUCAAAAACUCUCACUUUCAACAUUUGAUAUGUUAUCUCCAUUCUAUUGUGAAUCAAAUAUAAGCUUAUGAGAUUUGUAAAUUC